AGUGCAAUAUCGACUCUCGUUAAAAACAGUUGUGCUGAUCCAUACUAUACGCGUCUGCUAUAGACGACCAACCGUAACGUUAUAUCGAACACUAGCGAAAUCUUUAGAUACUUAGCUGACAAACUGUAAUGAACUAAUUCGGAAAUAAUUAUCGAAAAAGAAAAAUAGUACUAUAAAAAACGAUACUAAUUAUUACUUUGUUAUUAAGUUUUAAAAAGUUUGCCAUUUUAUGGUUCACGGCUUAACGAACACCUUUGGGACAGAGUGAAGCAUUUUGUGUUUGGUUUUACAGUUUUAAAGUUUUAACGUGUUUUUUUUAAUUAAAUUUAAAUUACCCGUGGCACAAAUAAUAUCAAAAAUAGUUGUUAUAUGAAAUAUGGAUGAUGGUAAUAGUGAUGAACUCAAGAAUAAGGGUAAACAUCCACAACUAAGCUCAAACUAUUUGUCAAAUUUAUUUUUUUGUUGGGGUUUAAAACUAUUUUACAAGGGAUGGAACAAAGAACUGAAUGAAGACGACUUAUACAAGCCCUUUGAAGAACAUGAAUCUGCUUACCUCGGAGAUCAGCUUGAAACUUUUUGGAAGUUAGAAAAACUAGAACACUCACAUCCAUGCCUCAUACGUCCGAUUUGGAAAUUAUUCAAAAAGGAUAUCCUCAAACAUGCCUGUUGGACCUUUGUUUUAGAAUUUUUAUUAAAGUUAUCACAGCCUUUACUUUUAAGAAAGCUUAUAGAAUAUUACGAACCAAGUCAAACGUCAAUAACUCUCACAGAAGCAUAUAUAUACUCCCUAUGUAUAGUUUUGUGCUCGUUACUGUACGUAGUUUUCUGCCACUCGUUCCAUCUUUCACUGCAACACCUUGGAAUGAAAAUAAGAAUAGCCUGUUGUUCGUUGAUCUACAGAAAAAGUUUGAAAUUAAGCAAAAAAGCUUUAGUGAAAACAACGAUCGGUCAGAUGAUAAAUUUGCUGUCCAAUGAUGUUAACAGAUUUGACAAUAUUUUUAGAUAUUGUCAUUUUCUUUGGGUUGGUCCGUUGGAAAGCAUAGUUGUAAUGUAUUUGAUUUUUGAGGUAACUGGUUAUACCGGGCUAGCUGGAUUCUUGAUUCUGCUUCUAUUUAUUCCCUUUCAAAUGGUGAUGGGGAAGUUAACAACCCAAUACAGGCAGAAAACAGCUGGCAAAACAGAUGAAAGGGUUUUACUCAUGAGUGAAAUCAUUUGUGGGAUACAAGUAAUUAAGAUGUAUACUUGGGAAAGAUCUUUUUCCAAACUAAUCGAGCAAAUAAGAAAUUCAGAAAUAAAACAAAUUCGCCUCACUUCUUACAUUCGAGCCCUUCAUAUGUCUUUCAGCAAAUUUAUAACAAGGGCAGCAGUAUUUUUAUGUAUUAUAACCUAUACUUUCACUGGAAAAAGACUUAAUGCUGGGUACGUCUACGUCAUCUCUUCGUUUUAUAAUAUUUUAAAAUCAGCAGUCAGUAAUGACUUUCCUCAAGCCAUAACUCAGACUGCGGAAGCUUUAGUAUCUAUAGCUAGAAUAGAAGAGUUUCUUCAGUUUGAUGAGGUUUAUUAUGAGCCUAUAAGAGAACCUUAUAAAGCUAAGAAGAUAACAUCUGGUACAUCGCUUAUACAUAGUUCUAAAAAGAAGAAAUCUGUAGGUGUGUAUUUAGAAAACGUCUCAGCAAAGUGGAUAAAUACACAAGAAGAAAACACUUUAAUGAAUAUAAAUUUUAACGUUGGUCCUCAACAACUGGUAGCUAUAGUAGGAGCAGUUGGAUCUGGUAAAACAUCUCUUCUUCAAACCAUCAUGAAAGAGCUACCACUUAGUCAAGGCAACAAAGAUACUGUUGGUAAAAUCUCCUAUGCUUCACAAGAGCCAUGGUUGUUUGCUAGUACCAUCAAACAAAAUAUUUUAUUUGGUGAACCGUGGGAUCCUAAAAAGUACGAGCGAGUUAUCAAAGUAUGUGCCUUGGAAAGGGAUCUGUCACUAUUAGCUCAUGGAGAUAGGAGUAUGGUUGGCGAUCGAGGAGUUGCUCUUAGUGGAGGCCAAAGAGCUAGAGUCAAUUUGGCAAGGGCUGUCUAUAAGGAUGCAGAUAUUUAUAUAUUAGAUGAUCCGCUUUCAGCCGUCGAUACUCAUGUAGGAAAACAAAUAUUUGAAGACUGUAUUUGUAGUUAUUUACGAGGAAAAUGCACUGUUCUAGUUACUCAUCAACUGCAAUAUUUAAAAAACGUCCACAAAAUAUAUCUACUGGAGCGUGGAAAAAUUGUCGUAAGUGGAACAUUUAAGGAAAUAUCUGAAUCCAAUACCGACUUUGCUCGACUACUCGUUAACAACGUUGAAGAAGAGGAAAGCGAUACGAUAGAUGAAGAAUCAUCAGAAAUAGAAUAUUUUGAAAAUAUGUCCGAUGAGAAACCCACGGAGAUUACUGAGGAAGCUGUUAUCAUAAAAUUAACAUCUAAAGCGUAUUCUGGGUACUUAAAGUAUGCAGGUGGUUGGUUCUAUGGAUUUUGGGUGCUCAUGUUGUUUGUGUUUACUCAGUUCUUGUCUAGUGGAUCAGACUAUUUUGUUAACUUCUGGGUAAAUUUAGAACAAGAAACCUUUCAAGAAGAAGAAGGAAAUAAAACUUUACUUAUAGGAUAUUCUGAUGACGUUUAUAUGGAAGAAAACUACAAUUCUCUUUGGAAAUAUUCUUUAAGACAUCUAACACCUUUACAGCCUGGUUUUUUCAAUAGUGAUAGAUGCAUUAUCAUAUACAGCUGUAUUAUCGUAUCUGUGAUAGUUGUAACAGUUAUGAGGUCUGUCAGUUUUUAUAAAAUGUGUAUGAACGCAUCUGUAAAACUGCAUAAUACUAUGCUCGCGAAGAUUUGUAAUGGUACUAUGCUCUUCUUCAACACAAAUCCUUCUGGAAGAAUACUAAACAGAUUUUCGAAAGAUAUUGGAUGUAUAGAUGAAACAUUGCCCAACGUUUUAGUGGACACAAUUCAGAUUGCUUUAAACGUUCUGGCUGUAAACAUUGUAAUUGCAACUGUCAAUCCUUGGAUUCUAAUAUCUACUGUAGCAAUAGGUUGUCUGUUCUAUUUCUUCAAAGUUGUUUACGUUUCUUCAAGUAGAAAUUUGAAACGUAUGGAAGCAGCCACACGAAGUCCAGUUUUUUCCCAUAUACACGCAUCUCUACAAGGCUUAACUACAGUAAGGGCUUUUGGAGCUCAAGAAAUCUUAAGAGUUGAAUUCGACAAACAUCAGGAUCUGCACAGUUCGGCGUAUUAUCUAUUUUUGUGCUGCAAUCGAACAUUCGGCUUCUGGUUAGAUCUUCUUUGUGUUGGGUAUAUUGCAGUGGUUACUUUCAGUUUCUUCGUUUUCGGCAGUGCUUAUGGUGGCAACGUUGGUCUAGCAAUCACCCAAGCUAUAAGUUUAACAGGUAUGUUCCAAUGGGGCAUGCGUCAAUGGAGCGAAUUGGACAACUCGAUGACGUCAGUGGAAAGAGUGCUUGAUUACAUUAAUAUAAAACAAGAAUCCCACGAGAAACAAAAGGAGCCGCCAAAAAGAUGGCCGGAGAAUGGUAUGCUUGAGUUCCAGUCUGUUUACUUGCGGUAUGCCACAAACCUACCUUAUGUUUUGAACAAUCUUACUUUUAAGAUUAAACCUAAAGAGAAGGUUGGAAUUGUGGGAAGAACAGGAGCAGGAAAAUCAACGUUGAUUUCUGCUCUUUUCAGAUUAACAGAUAUUGAAGGAAAGAUAUUGAUCGAUGGAAUAUGUACCAGUGAUAUACCCUUAACCAGUAUGCGUUCAAAGAUAGCUAUUAUACCCCAGUCACCUGUACUAUUUUCUGGUACAGUGCGAUCAAACUUAGAUCCUAUGGAUGAAUACGAUGAUGAAGACCUAUGGCGAGCUCUAGAAGAAGUAGCUCUAAAGGAUGUUGUCUCUGAUAUGGAAAUGGGUUUAGAAAGCAAAAUAGGUGAAGCCGGAUCAAAUCUUAGUUUGGGUCAACGUCAACUCGUGUGCUUGGCUAGAGCUAUAGUGAGAAAAAACAAGAUCCUUGUUUUGGAUGAAGCUACAGCCAAUGUUGAUCCGAAAACAGAUGCUUUAAUACAGUCUACCAUACGAAACAAAUUUGCCAAUUGUACCGUUCUAACAAUAGCUCACAGAUUACAUACAGUCAUGGACUCUGAUAAGGUAUUAGUAAUGGAUGCAGGUUCAGCAGUAGAAUUCAAUCAUCCGCACAUUUUGUUACAAAAUACAGAGGGAAUAUUCUGUAGUUUGGUUAAACAAACUGGAAAAUCGAUGGCUGAGAAUUUAUGUAAAAUUGCAGAAGAGCAUUUUAAUAACUACUACUAUGAAGAUUGUUCUUCUUUAUCAAGUUAUUCCGAAGACAACUAAAACAAAAACUAAAACAGAUUUUUUAGUAACGUACCUGUAAUGUACAUAUUUACUUAAGAAAAUAUAAAUACUCUAUUAGCUAUUAGCAAAUAGCUCCAUUUACAGAUCGUCUACCUCUUCAAUUUAAUAGGAGAUAUUUAUUUUACAAAAAUGUCCUAAACCAUCAACAAUGGUUUUCUUGGUUGUGCUAUUUUUUAGAAAAUAAUAUUUUCUAAUUUUGCAGUAAAUAAUUAAACAAAGGACUACUGUGUUAGGCUAUAAUAUUAGAUAUUGCUGAGACAUUUUUACACUGUUACUUUUAUAUUAUAGCAAUGUUUAGGGUCUCUGGGACCGUGAACUUCUGUGACAGUGAUGAUAAAUAUUGUUAUUGAGCUAUUUUCGUAUGAUAUUUUACUUUUGUAAGUAUUAUAUAUAGAACAAUAUUUCCAAUUUCGUAAUUUGUUAAUUGAAGCUUGUUCCUAGUAUAUAUUAAUUACAAAAUCGAUAUCAACGUCCACCAUUUCCAAAAUAAAGUAUUAAACGAAAUAUUAACUGUACCUCGUUUAUCGUGUUGUCUAUGAGUACACUAAAAUUACAAAGACAAAUAAGAAGUAAAAGCCUAAGAAUAUAAACCUAAAAUUAAAACAUGAUAUACACUAGAGCAAUGCGAACAGAAACGACGAAAAAGAGUACGAAUAAGAGGUGGUUUUAUGGCUUUAUAACACUGGAGACAUGUCUCAAUAUUGUUGGUAAUUUUGGAUAUAUGUCAAAAGGUAAACUAUUUCUUCUUUCUGCUUUGUGUAAGCUUGUAAAUUGCUUAUAAUGGUGGCAGUUCAGAAACGCGAAAAAAAUAACAGACAGUCACAGCUUUUCUUGAGAUAUUCUGCACAAUAUGUCCCACAAAAUACGCCUACUUACUACUGUAACACACAUCCAACAAACUAAAUUGUAUUUCAAUAUUUUAAAUGUAUUUUUUUUUUAUUUUUAGAGUUAUAUGAACCUACAAAAGUAAAGAUCUAAAGCACACAUUAGUACAGAAGAAAGAAGAGUUCCUUUUUUAAUGUGAUAUCUAUUUAUUUUUAUUCAAUUUUGUUAUUUUUUAGAAAAAUAGUGAUAUCUAUUUAUAUAAGAUUAUUGUAAAUAUAUUUUAUUAAAAGUUUUGUGUUAUU